AAGGAAGCAGAACUGAACCCCAUAACACCAUCACAAAAUGAGGGUCAUGCUGUAAUGCCUUUUCACAACACCAAAACAAUCUCCAAAUUCAAAUUAAACACCCAGAAACUUUUCUUCCUACCUCGCGCUACAAGCUGGCUCAUGUUUGCCAGCACCACAAGCACCUGUGCACUUUGUAGUACGGGAAUUUUUAAAUACUGAUUGUUCAGGAUAUAUUGCCUAUAAAACUGAAACCUCAAAGCUACACAUUCUCAUCCCGGGUUAAAAAUAAACCCCACGCUCUUGAACCAGGGGCUGUUGAUUGCAGUCGCAGGGAAUGGCACAGCCUCUCCAGCGUCCCCAGAGACCCCCAGCGCCGAUGACAAUACCACAAACCUGCGCGCUCCGGCAGCCCCGUGUAUUUUAAGUGCUAAAUCUGAAACCCAGAGACUACAAAAGCGAGCUGGAUCCAACACAGCUCCGAGUGGAGCCUCUCACUUCUUGAAACUGGCUGUAAACAGGGAAAGGGAGGGGCCAGGCGGCUGCCAAGCCAAGCAGAAACUUGUGAGUAACUUAUAGAGCAAAAACAAGUGCAGCGCAGGCAGCAGCGCCCAGGCGGGCGCUGGCACGGCCAGCACCAUGUUCCCAAGGAGAACCACGCCGGGGCCUUGCGGCCGGCUUCCUUCCUCGGGAAUGCGGCUCGGAGGAAUGCCAAUGUGAAGGGAAGAAAAGCUGGUAACCAGCGAAGAAGACACAAAAGCUAAAAUCACUAUGUGGAGCUGUGAAGCCUUAAUCAACAGUACCGAGAACAGUGAGGACCAGCAUCUCUGCCAUGACUUCGACCUUGUACUGUCCAUCUUUUCCCUACUCUACCUCAUUAUAUGUUUCCCAAUCGGCCUUUGUUACAAUGGCUUGCUGGUCCUAGUUAACCUCUACAACAAAGCUACCAUGACUAUGCCAGAUGUUUACUUUGUCAACAUUGCCAUUGCUGGUCUCAUCAUCAACGCUCUGGCACCAAUGUACCUUCUAGGUGUUGCCAAUACAAAAUGGGCCAUCUGGAAUUCCAACAAUGAAGUUUAUAUUACCUUCCUUAUUUUAUUCAACGUCUCGUCCUUAGUUACAAUGUACUCUACGACACUGCUCAGUCUGGACUACUACAUCGAACGCGCUCUACCCAGAACUUACAUGUCGAGUGUGUACAACACCAAACAUGUCUGUGGGUUCAUCUGGGGUGGUGCCAUGCUGACGAGUUUUUCAUCUCUCCUGUUCUACGUCUGCAAUCACGUGUCCACCAAAAUAAUUGAGUGUUCCAAGAUGCAGAACCAAGAGGCAGCGGAUGCCAUCAUGGUGUUCAUCGGGUACGUCGUACCGGCCAUCGCGGUACUCUACGCGCUCACGUUAAUCCUGCGGAUACGCAAAGAGGCCACGCCACUGGAUCAAGACACUGGGCGGUUGGAUCCGUCAGUGCACAGGCUUUUGAUUGCCACAGUCUGCACACAGUUCACGCUGUGGACACCCUAUUAUGUUAUUCUCUUGGUAAGCACAUUUACUAACCUGCAAGGAAGAAUUGCGGAUAUAAAUCACAUUCGAAUAUUGCAUUUUACCACGAUAUUAUCAAAAUUCUUGGCUUUCUCAAGCAGCUUUGUAAUGCCUCUGCUCUACAGAUAUAUUAACAAAAACUUUCCCAACAAAUUGCGACGUUUGCUUAAAAAGAUACACUGUGGGAAUCAAGGGUGUUCUCACGAGCGCACAGUAGUACAGCAAGUCAUGACAUAGGUGUGACAAACCCCCUUGGUGCUCUGUUACUGCAGUACUUGGUGUUCUUGGGACUGUGAUACUGCUGUGUUGGCACUCAGAGACAUGAAAGAGUCCCAACCAAGAGGCUGGAAGGAGCUUCCAUUGCAGCUGAAUGCAACAGUCUUAAUUUUCAAACAGUUGUUUGCUGAAGUCGCGUGAGGCUCUGGCCAGUGUGCUGCAAUACCUGUGACAUCCGAUACCUUCAGUGCACUGAACUGGUUACAAACUCUGUCUUCAUGUCUCUAAUCUUCCUGUCUGAAGAAAUCACUAAGCAGUUUAUUGAAGUCUUGACUGAAGACACAGCACCUUGUAUCUUGUAUAGAAAAAGGUAUUACCUUAUUUUCUGUACAAAGAAGUGAUAGUGCUAUCCUUGAUGAAGUAAAUAGCAUUUUUCAAUGAAGAUUAUAUAGAUGAUCUUUACUAAAGAUCAUAUGAUCCAAUUAUACAUGCCCAAAUAGUAAAUGUUAAUUAUAAAUUAAAUUAUUUAAUUUCUUUCUCCAUCACUGAAUCCCUCUAAAAGAAGCCUAAUUUACCAUUUUCAGGAAUUAUUUUCUCACACCAACUAACCUGUUUUAAAGUUUAUAGUAAAGUGAUUUUUUUUCCUAGCUAUAACAAUUAACAAAAAUGUGUUUUAAUUUUCCAGUCCUUUGUUUGCAUCCUAAAACAUUUCAAGAAUCCAGAAAUAUUUAUUGUCUAAUUCUAAGGGAACCUAAAGAUGUUUGUUCCACAUAUGAAAAUGAAGGACACAGUGGUUUACAAAGUUAAAUCAGAAUUUAACUAGUAAAGAUUGUCUGGCUAAGUGUUAUGGUCCACAUAUGUUCAUGUAAUGAGAGUAAUUAUCUUAAAAAAUAAAUAUGUUUAUGAUUAACAUUUUGUAUUUUCAAGGGAUAUGUUUGCAACAAAUAAAUUAAACUCUCUUUAAUCUAGGGCAUCACUAAAGGUUUGGAAACCAUAUAAAAUUCCUCAAUAUAUACAAGGUUUUAAAAUGGGAGUAAUAUCUAGGAAUCCCAGUCAGCAUCAGCCUUUGCUGACCUCUCAGAAAUGGAAGUGCCUCCCAGUGGGAUUCUUGGAUACACAGUAAAGUCUAGUUUCUGUAUUUCACAAUUGGGAUGAAGAAAUCCAGCCCAGAUCACCAAAUUUUACUGGUUUGAUGAAAUACAUAAGAACCACAAACAUGCUGCAGGAAGCACAUAAAUAAUUACCCACAACAACAAACUACAAAGCACUGACCCAAGAACUGCUUGUUCCCGUGCUGCUGUUGCAUUAUUAAUGACGGAGGGGGUACAAGUGGAACUGAGAUUCUCCCACUGGUUUGGGGGCCAUGAGACAUUUUUGUUACUCUCCCUGCAACACCACAGCAUUGUUUUGUUGCUUAAUCUGUCACAACACAGUUCAAAUUCCACGUGACUUUAUGCAAAAAAUGUGGCUUUUCAAGCUUCAGGUAUAAUAAAAACAUGAAGCAAAACCAGAUCUGAAUCUUUUCCAUUGCUUAGAGCACAAUCUCAUCUGAUAGCUGGUCCUAUCUGUCAGCAGAGGCACAUCCUUAAGUGCUAAGGGGAAAGCAGGUGAGGAACAGACUUUUCAUACCUUUUCCCUUCAACAUUACUCAAUUUCUUCUCAUAGUCAUCUUUGCUUAUCUUCUUCAUAUACAAGCAUCUUUAAGUUGUCAGCAUUUUGGUGGAAGACUCUCCAUUAGCCUUUUUUUUAACAACUUUUCAUAGUUUAUUGAAAUCUUUUUACCCCUUAAAGACUACACAGUAAAUAAUCUUACUUCUGUGGUGUUUUCUCCACACAAAAACUAUC